AUGUGGGCUGCCGAUCCAGGUGCUCUAGAGCAUCUCAGAAACAUCUUCAAGGCCACAUUGUCCUCUAAUAAGGAUGAGAGGUCUCAGGCUGUGGAUGCGUUGAAUCAGGCAAGGGAACAAGCCGAGUUUGAAAACUACCUUGUGGAUCUUUUGAUCAGAAGUGACGCUGGCUCAGACGUAAAAGCUGCAGCUGGACUUAAUUUGAAGAACGCUGUUUUGAAAGAACCCAGAAAAGACCGUCCUUAUGUAUUGGACCAGAUCAUGAAUGGUCUUUUGCUGGACGAUACUAUGGCUAGAAACAUCACAGGCACGGUCAUUACGUCGCUUUUCUCGCUGUAUGGCCUUGAAAAAUGGCCCCAGUCGUUGAAUCACUUGUUGCAGUUGGUGGAGGCGCCCGAGGUGGCCCAAUUGACCAAGGAGGCUGCUAUGGGUGCUCUUAGCAAGAUUUGUGAAGAUAGUGCCUACUCUUUGAAUAAGGAGUUCAAUGGGGAGAGACCGUUGAACUAUAUGGUGCCUAAGUUUAUUAAGAUUGCUGCUCAGCCUGAAGCUUCGAGUUCUACAAAGGCCAAGGCGCUUGGGUGCUUGAACCUGUUUAUUCCACUUAAGACCCAGCUGUUCCUUGUGCUUAUCGAUGAUUUCUUGCAGGUGCUUUUCCUGUUGGCGUCUGACCCUAAUACUGCUGUUCGUAAGAACGUGUGCACGGCGUUUUUGCUGAUUAUGGAGAAUAGACCAGAUAAGUUGGUGCCUCAUAUGGAUGGUGUGGUGGAAUAUGGUCUUCAUUCGAUGCAAGACGAGGAAGAGGAAGUUGCCAUGGAGGCCUGUGAGUUUUUGUUGGCGCUUGCUGAAUCUCCUGCAAAGGGUCACAAGGAGAAGUUCCGUCCUAAGCUUCAGAAGGUGUUGCCUGUGCUUCUUGACAAAAUGGUGUACCUGGAAGAAGAGGUGUUUUUAAUUCAGAUUGCUGACGAGAAGGAUAACGCUAAUGUUGCUGAUAAGCAGGACGAUAUUCGUCCAAACGCUGCCAAGGCUAAGGAACACACUGUUAGUCGUAAGAAUGCUUCUUCUUCGAAGAAGGAGUCUAAGGCUUACGAACCAACUACAUAUGAGGAUGAGCGCGUGCAAGAUUCCGAUGGAAGCUAUGUUAAUGAGGCUUUGAGUGAUUCAGAUGAUGACGAUGAGGAUUCAGAUGAUGAGCUCGAUGCUUGGAACUUGCGUCGUUGUUCUGCUGCUACUCUUGACGCUCUUUCGCUUGAGUACCCUCAGGAAGUUAUCCAGGUGACUUUACCUAUUCUUCAGGAGAAGAUUGUCUCCACCGAAUGGCCUGUUCGUGAAGCAGCUAUUUUGGCGUUCGGUGCUAUCUCUACCAGUUGUGUUGAGCUUGCUAAUGAUAAGCUACCUACCCUUGUGCCAUUCUUGGUUGACCGUUUGAAGGAUCUGGAAACUAGAGUCCGUCAGAUCUCUUGUUGGACCGUGUCUCGCUUUGCUCAAUGGGUUGCCGAUGAAGCUCAUGAAGGUGGUCACUAUGCCAACUACUUCCAGCCUACAUUUGAAUCAAUUGUGCUGUGUGCUCUUGAUGCAAAGAAGAUCGUCCAAGAAGCUGCUUGUUCUGCUUUGUCUAUCUUCAUCGAGACUACUGACGUGUCUCUCAUUUCUUAUUACGUGAGACCAUUGUUAGAACACUUUGCCAAGUGUCUCCAGACCUACCAAAGAAAGAACAUGGUUGUCUUGUACGAUUGUAUCCUGACUUUCGUUGACAAGAUUGGCCAAGAUGUUUUCAACUCUCACCCUGACUACGUGUCGACCUUGUUGCCUCCUCUUUUGCAACACUGGCAAGCCUUGAACGACACAGAUUCCGACUUGUGGCCUUUGCUUGAAUGUAUGGCCGCUGUUGCUGCCACUAUGGGUGAGGCCUUUGCUCCUUACGCCGUUCCAGUUUACGAACGUGCUGUUAAGAUUUUGAGCAACGCUGUUCAGAUGAACCAGGAGGUCCAUACACAUCCAGAAAUCGAAGCUCCAGAGAAGGACUUUAUUGUCACUUCUCUUGAUUUGAUUGACGGUCUUGUUCAAGGUUUCAAGGGCCACUCUGUUGACUUGAUGAAGCAGCACGGUGCUGAUUUGAUGGAAAUUGUGCAGUUGUGUCUUGAAGACCACGAUGACGAUGUCCGCCAGCUGACAUAUGCUCUUUUGGGAGAUUUGGCUAUUCACGCUAACGAAGUCAUCCUUCCAAACUUCUACAGAAUCAUUUUGAUGAUUGGUAACGAGCUUACUGACUACUCAUACGUGAAGUAUCCAGUCACAAGCAAUGCUAUCUGGGCUUGUGGAGAGAUGGCCAUCACUUUGCCAAAGGAGACUGUGCAUCCACAGGUUUGGAACAUUUCGGAUCUUUUAAUUACUCUCCUUAACUCGCCAGAUGUCCAGCAAAGUGUGCUUGAGAAUGCUGCCAUUUGUCUUGGAAGAUUUGGUUUCGUGGGACCAGAAGUGCUCGGGCCACGUUUGCCUGAGUUCAUCUACUCGUGGUGUAAGCAUAUGAUGUACGUUCUCGAGAAUGAUGAGAAAGAGUCUGGAAUCUUGGGAAUCAUCGAGAUCAUCCUUCAGAACCCAGAUAAAGGAUUCGGUGGAUUGAGCAACCAGCAAGGACGCAAGAACUUGGCUGUUUUCCUCGAUGUCAUUGCCAACUACCUCAACGGCAGCGAAAAGCUUAUGCACAGAUUCCACCAGUUCUUGAUCGGCUACAGAGACCUCACGGGUCCAAACUGGGAGCAAGUUUUAUCGCUUGCCAGCUCUGACACGCAGCUUGUUCUCAAGUCAUACCGCUAA